AUGUCACCUCUUGGGUACCCAUCAUACAGCAGCAAGCCAGCAUUAUGCAAGAACAUGUCACCUCUUGGUUACCCAUCAUACAGCAGCAAGCCAGCAUUAUGCAAGAACAUGUCACCACCUGGGUACCCAUCAUACACCAGCAAGCCAGCAUUAUACAAGAACAUAUCACCUCUUGGGUACCCAUCAUACACCAGCAAGCCAGCAUUAUGGAAAAACAUGUCACCUCUUUGGUACCCAUCAUACACCAGCAAGCCAGCAUUAUACAAGAACAUAUCACCUCUUGGGUACCCAUCAUACACCAGCAAGCCAGCAUUAUACAAGAACAUAUCACCUCUUGGGUACCCAUCAUACACCAGCAAGCCAGCAUUAUACAAGAACAUAUCACCUCUUGGGUACCCAUCAUACACCAGCAAGCCAGCAUUAUGGAAGAACAUGUCACCUCUUGGGUACCCAUCAUACAGCAGCAAGCCAGCAUUAUGCAAGAACAUGUCACCUCUUGGUUACCCAUCAUACAGCAGCAAGCCAGCAUUAUGCAAGAACAUGUCACCUCUUGGCUACCCAUCAUACACCAGCAAGCCAGCAUUACACAAUAACAUGUCACCUCUUGGGUACCCAUCAUACACCAGCAAGCCAGCAUUAUACAAGAACAUGUCACCACCUGGGUACCCAUCAUACAGCAGCAAGCCAGCAUUAUGCAAGAACAUGUCACCUCUUGGCUACCCAUCUUACACCAGCAAGCCAGCAUUAUGCAAGAACAUGUCACCAGCUGGGUACCCAUCAUACACCAGCAAGCCAGCAUUAUGCAAGAACAUAUCACCUUUUGCCUACCCAUCACCUGCCACCUCUUGGCAACACAUCAUAUGUUUUUAA